AUGACCGUCUCACCGCCAGCGUCGCCCUCGGGGCCUGCCCCGCGACCCAUCAGCGCGGUGAUGCGCACGCCGCGCAGCAAUAGUCGAUUGAGUAUGAGCAGCAGACAAGGUGGCAGCCGAGCCUCUGAUGAAGAUGGCAAGACCGCAGUCAAAGUCGCUGUUCGAGUGCGACCACCCCUAAAGCCCACUGACCCCGGUUACGAAUUAAUUCCCCAGCGAUUUCAACGAUCCAUGGUUCACGUCACAGCCCCGACUAGCUUGGCCGUGGAUGUUCCCCAGGGCCGCAAACUCUUUGUUUUCGAUCGCGUUUUCCCUGAGACUGUGGAUCAGGAUGGAAUUUGGGAAUACCUGAGCGACAGUGUCAACUCGUUUGUGCAAGGAUACAAUGUUUCCAUUCUCGCCUACGGCCAGUCCGGUGCGGGAAAAUCAUAUACCAUGGGCACGGCUGGCCCCAACGAGCAGGGUCAUUCCGAGGCGAAUGACGGCGUCAAACACAACCGCAAUGGGUCGACCUCGACUGGUCUUCGAACACCCCAGAGAUACUCUAUGAGCUCGGCAUCUAGUUUCAACAAACAAGGCGCCGAAAAGAACUGGCAAAUGAAGGCGACCUACGUUGAGAUUUACAACGAGCAGCUUCGGGAUUUGCUGCUUCCCGACUCCACCCCAAUCAGCGAUCGCGGUAGUGUUACCAUCCGCGAAGAUACCAAGGGACGCAUCCUUUUGACCGGUCUCCAUCAAGUCAACAUCAACUCCUACGAGGACCUGGUUGGGGCCCUGAACUUUGGUUCUGCCAUUCGUCAGACCGACUCGACCGCCAUCAAUGCCAAGUCAUCUCGUUCCCAUGCAGUCUUCAGCUUGAACCUUGUCCAGCCUUCCGGUGAGCGCGCACGUGAGGGUAUUUCUAUCAACGCCGGUCUUGCAGCACUCGGCAAAGUCAUUUCGCAACUCUCAUCCCGACAGUCCGGUUCACACGUCUCUUACCGUGACUCGAGACUCACUCGUCUGCUUCAAGAUUCUCUGGGCGGUAAUGCCAUUACAUAUAUGAUUGCUUGUGUGACCCCUGCCGAGUUUCAUCUGAGUGAAACUCUCAACACUGUUCAGUAUGCUCAGCGAGCUCGAGCGAUCCAGAGUAAACCACGAAUCCAGCAGGUGGCCGAUGAAGGCGAUAAGCAAGCCUUGAUUGAACGACUCAAGGCCGAAGUGGCCUUUCUCCGACAGCAGAUCCGCAACUCCGAAGGCUUAGAACGCCGCGACGCCUCUUCCGCUGAGCGCAAUGAGCGCAAGAACGAACGCGAAAUCAAGCUUCAGAACCAGCUAUUGGAUGCUCAGGAGAGCUAUAAUGCUCUCAGCCAACGUCAUACGAAGCUGAUCUCGACGCUCGCCAAUGACUCUGAGACGGCCAAUAGUGUCACGGACGAUGCGGCUGCUGAAGUGGGUGUGAGCUCUAUUGAGCGAAUGCAGCGAUCAAAGUCGUUUGCGGAGUCUGUGGAGCAGGUGGUCAUUGAAUAUGAAAAGACUAUUCAAAGCCUUGAGGCUUCCUUGUCUGACACCCGCUCGUCCCUGGCCACCUCGGAGAGCACCCUGUUGGAGCGUGAGACUAAAAACUGCUGGAUCGCGACGCCAGCAAUGAGACUUACCUACACGAGCUGGAGUCAAAACUUGACGGUGCGUCUACCGGCGAAGAGAAAGCAUGCGGCUAUUGUGACCGAGCUGCGCAAGGAGCUUAGCCGUGCUCGCGAGAACGAGACGGGCUGUGAGGAAUACAUUUCCACAUUAGAAGACCGACUUGCCGAGGCCGAUCAGGAUAUGGAGCUGAUGCAGCGCGAGGUCCUCCGUCUGGAGCAUGUCAUUCAGCGCCAACGAGGCCUUGGGACUCUUGACCACCUACUCCAUGACCUGGACCAGCGUCGCCAAAAUGGCGACGACCACGAUGGCACCAAUGGAGUUGAUCCAUCUUCCCCGACUCCCAUCAGGCCCCCGCAAUUCCACCGACACACUCCCUCCUUGGAUGUCCUGAACGAAGCCACGGAGACCGCCAUCCCUGAAACGGACGAAGACUUCGGAGAGCCGAUCCCAGAAGAGGAAGAUGAGGUUAUCGAAGUUGCCGAGAAAGCUACUGGUGGACCUGGUGAUGAUCUGCAGGUGCUGCAGAAUGUUACCAGCAAGCUUGAGGCUCGGCGAUCUCAAGCUAUGUAUGAAGAACCGCUUCACAGCCCGGCCCAGUCCAAGUUUGUUGCCGACAAACUUGAGACUGUUACCCAGGAGCUCUUCGACCUACGUAUGAACCACGAGACUACUCUUAAUGAAUUUGAAACCCUCGAGGCCAAAUACGAAGAAGCGUUGAAAGCCCUGGCCGAGUUACGACAGGACAAAGUGGAUGAGGCCUACCACCCGGCUCUUGAUACCCAGAACACUGCUUCCCGACCCGUGUCUUUUUUAGACCAAGGCAUCGCUCUGAAUACGAGGUCUGGAGCACAACACUCAUUCUCGCAGUCGCUCUCCUCGGAAUUGUCCUCGGCCGGGGAAUCAGCUGUAUUGCACGACUCCUCUGAAAUUCAGGCAGAGACUCCCAUCACCCCUGUUGCUUCCUCUACUCCUGUCCAGUCUAAUGAGGACAUCGAGCAGAUGCGCAAGGCCCUUGCUGGACACCAGGAAAGCGCCGAUCGUAUGACCCAGAAAUAUGCCGAACUUCAAAGUGAGCACGAGGCUAUCCUUGGCAUUGUUGAGAAGCUCAAGGCAGAAGCUGAGGUCCAUCGCACGAGGACUAGCUCUCCCACCACUCCUGGUUUCAAGGUGAUUCGCCGUAUGACUAGUCAGAAUCUCCUUUCUGGCGUCGACCGCGCUCACCGUUCGCUUACCGCAUUACGCAAUCUGGCGAACGAGGAGCUCGCCAGCCGUCCCGAAAUUCUUCAUAACUUUGAGAUUCAUCUGGAUGCCACCAUGCACGAAUUGUCAACUCGCAUGGAGCGCCUCCAGUCGCUGGAGGCCGAGAACCAGGCGGUGAAGAAAGAGAUGGAGAUGAAAGCCACCAUUAUCUCCGGUCUCACUCGCGAACGAUCCAGUAUGCAAGGCGCAUCUUCUAUGGACAUGGCUAUGGUGUCCCAACUGCGUGACCAGGUCGUCGGCCAGGAGAUCCAGAUGAAUGAGCUCCGCGCUGCUCACGAGGCCCGCGAGAACCAGCUCUUGGCUGCAAUUGAGAACCUGAACAGUCUUUUGAAGACCCAGGAGAUUGCUACGAAGGCCAUGGAUGCUGGCGCUGAGGAGCAGGACAAGAAGAUUAACGCCCUGCAAGGCGAGCUUGACCAAUGGAAGAGCAAGCAUCAAAGCGCUUUGGAGUCUGUGCAAACAUCGGAGAAGCAACUCACCACCACCCUUAUUGAGCUUGAAAGUGCGCUCGCGUCUGUUGAGGCCAUGCGCGCAGAGCGGGCGAUUUCGGGCGAUGCUUCGGCUGAUAAAGGGGCCGCUGCAGUGGCUCUCGAGAGUGAGCGCGCCAAGCAGCAAGAGCUCGUUGAUGGCCUGAAGAAGGACAUCGAUGAGCACAAGUCGACUAUUGCGGCUCAGCUUGCAACGAUUGCUGGUCUUGAGAAGUCUCAUUCGGAGGCUAAAGAGCAGCACUCUGCACAGCUCACUUCCAAGGACUUUGGCAGCGAUUCCGCUGACACCCACAGCGCCCGCAUUGCUGAGCUCGAGCAGGAGAUCGCGACUCACAGGGCCGCCAUUGACGCACACAAGACAGACUUGAGUUCGCUUCAAGAUACUCACAAGCGAGAGCUAGCUGAGCUGGAGGCGCGCACUAAGGCGGCUGUUCACGCUGAGCAGGAGUCCCUUCUUGCCGAGAAGGAUGCUGAGCACGAUAAGACGAUUACUGCAUUGCAAAAAGACAUUGCCGAGUCUCGCGAUGAAUUGGUGAAGCUACUUAGUGCAGUCUCGACUAUUCUCAACUCUGAUGUCACUGCCGAGACUAUGGCAGACCAGAUCCAGGACAUUUUGGCCCAAAAGCAACACUUCUCCGAGAAGUAUGCGGAGCUGAUGGACACCAACGAGGAUUUGCGCAAGCAACUCGAAUAUGCAAACGUGGAGGAAUUGGCGAAGAAGAGCUCCAUCCAGGACGCCAAGGUCAACGAGCUGGCUCUCUUGGUUGCGACCUUGGAGGAUUCUCUGCGUCAAAAGGAUGAGCAGGUGAAGAAGAAGGAAGCUUUGGUGGACGAGAUCACCGCCGAGAAGGAGAAGAGUAUCCGCUUGGUCGAGGAGCUUGAGGAGCAAAUCACCAGCAGCUUUGAUCAGCACCAUAACCGUCUCUCUGUCAUCCAGCAAGAACGUGAUCAAGCCCUCGAGGAUGCGAAGGCCAGGAUCAUCGCCCUCGAGUCGGAGAUUGAGACUUAUCAGAUGCGGAUCGAGCAACUCGAACUUCAACUUAAGAACAGUGGAGGGCAAGAUGGCUCCCACGACCGUAGCAGUUCGUUGACAUCGAACCUCCGCAAAAGCUCCUCCGCCGCAUCUCUCCCAUCGCCGCCCCCGGCCAUUCCACUUCCUCCUCUCCCAACCAUCGCUUCCAACGGAAGUGUGUCUCCACCAAGCUCUCGCCACGCUAGCAAGGAGCUUGUCAAUGCCCAGAUUGUCGAAGACCAAGAAGCUCGUAUUCGCACUAUUGAGAAGCACCUUUACGCUGAGAAGCAGCUGACCGCCACCCUCGAAGAGGCACUCGGCGAUCUGGAGGCCCAAAGCAGCAAGGUCAAGACUGACUGCGAGACCUGGAAGAAGAAGGCUUGGCAAUUUGAGGACGAAUUGACUACUCUCCGCAAAGAGCGCAACUCUGCCCGACUAUCUCUCCAGGCCGUUGAGGAGGAGCGCAGUGCCCGUAAAGAAGCCGAGGCCGCUCGCGCCCAGCUAGAAGAGCGGAUGAACGCCCUCAACAAGAAGAAGAAGAAGAGCACGCUCAAUUGCUUCUAG